UACCGUUUACCUGCUCAGUUGGCACCAACCGUUUGUUUUUAACUCACCCGUGGAAGGUGAAGGUUGCUGGCUGGGCUCGGAUUUAUUGAUCGUCCCUAGUUACCCUAGAGAAGGUGGUGAUGAGCUGCCUUCUUGAACCGGCGCACCUUCCGUGAUGUAGUUCGAUUUAACAUCCUUAUGUCCUGUUGGUUUUCCUUUCCAUUUUGCGCUCUCUCGUAGAGUUCAGUGUAAGGUAGCAGGAACUAAAACUUCCCGUUUAAAUUUUGAUGUUUACUUUUAAGUUCGAAUCAGCAAAUUUACAUCGUGCACCCGGUAGUGCAUAUUGCAAUUGUGGUCACGAAGAAAAGGUCUUCUUCCUAAACUCAAGAACUGAACGGAGCAAGCCGUAACAAUGAAAACCCAGGCAGAAACUGAACAAGAAAAUGAUUCAAAGUCAACUGAGAAUCAAAACCAUUUUCAAUAUUCUAUCCUGAACCAACCUACAACUAAAAAAGGAUCCAUUGGCCUAAUUCUCAUUGUUGCAUCUAUAAUUGCAUCUGGAAGUGGACUUGUCUUUGGAUAUGAGCUGGCAAACAUUUCUGGAGCUCUUCUCCAGCUGAGCACUGAAUUCCAUCUCACCUGUGCUAAACAAGAAAUAAUUGUAAGUACAAUCAUAAUGGGAGGCAUAAUCGGUUCCCUUUGUGGCGGUUACGUCAUUGAUCGAUGGGAACGGCGGAUGGGAAUCAUUGUAACAUCUUGCUGUUAUAUAUUGGGAGCUGUGAUUCUAUCAGCAUCUACCUCCUAUGCAAUGCUGAUGGGAGCACGUAUCAUCGUGGGAAUUGGAACAACAUCAGGUGUGAUUGCAGCAUGUAUAUACCUAUCAGAGGUUGCACCACCAGACAGAAGAGGCAUGCUGGUAUCUCUGACUGAAUUCAUGACUGUUAUCGGUGUUCUGUUGGCCUAUGUUUUUAAUUAUACUUUUUCUCGCACUUCAAAUGGAUGGCGGUACAUGUUUGCAAUUGUUAUUCCACUUGCAGUACUGCAAGUUAUUGGCAUAUUCUUCCUUCCACCAAGUCCUCGGUUUAUGGUUAAGAAAGGAAAUGAUGAAAAAGCAAGCCUCGUCCUGAAGAAGAUCAGAUCAUAUUCCAAUGUUGAUGAUGAACUGGCAAACAUCAAAUCUUCCUUGAGCAAUGAAAACAAUUAUAAUUUUUUAGACUUAUUUAGGUCAAAGAACCUGAGAAUGCGAUUCUGUAUUGGAUUUGGCUUGGCAAUAUUUUUGCAAGCUACAGGUCAGCCAAAUGUUUUAUUUUAUGCAUCCACUAUUUUAAGAUCUGUUGGCUUUGCAAGUGAUUCAACAGCAACAUUAGCUUCAGUCAGUAUUGGGCUAGUGAAAGUGCUUGGCACAAUUUUAGCAGUGCUGCUCAUUGACAAAGUAGGGCGUAAAACAUUUCUUUGCAUAGGAAGUACUAUUAUAGUUGUAUCAUUGAUUAUAUUGGCAUUACUGAUCCAUAAAAUCCCAAUGCAGUUCACAGAUAUCUGCCAUUAUCCUAAUCACACCAAUCGCUGGCAAGAUAAUAUCACAUCUUCAAUGCUUGGACAACAUUCAGUAGCUGUCACUGCCUUGCCUUCAAGAACAGACUUUCUCUCAUCAGUAACAAAACAAGACAAUAUGACAAUUAUGCAAAAUGUAUCCUCCUCACCAUUUACGGGAAGCCCUGAGGUGGAUGGACAUAGGAAUGAACCAAUUCCUCCAGUGUUAAAGUGGCUGUGUCUGUGUUCCCUGCUUGUAUACGUUGCUGCCUAUUCUAUCAGUUUUGGACCAGUAAUUUGGGUGCUGCUGAGUGAAAUUUUUCCAGUAGGGAUAAAAGGCAGGGCAGUGGCUCUCAUAGCGUGCCUGAAUUGGGCCUUGAGUCUACUCAUUGCUUUAACUUUUCUGUCCGUGACAGAAUUAAUUGGCCUCAUGUGGGUUCUUCUAAUAUACGCAAUUGUCAGUUUUAUCGGAUUGCCUUUUAUCAUAUUCAUUGUACCUGAGACGAAAGGUCAGACCCUAGAGGAGAUAUCCGAACAGCUAAACCAAGGGUACAACAGAACUCCAAUUUGCUGUACAACUAAGCGCAUAAAGAGACUGAUUCCAGGAAUAUUCCGGAAGCAGAGAGAUGGUGAGCACUCCAUCUGGGCUACUGACAUCCAAUACCAUACAGAUGGCUUGGAAAAUUAUGUUGGUGACUCUACCUUGUAACUUGUACUCCAAACAAAAAACUGUUUUUGGGAACGAUGAUACACUGUUUUAAAUCAAACAUAUUAUUCCUUAACAUUCUUCAAGUUUUAAAAUAUUUUUUGAUACACAAUUGUAUACAAACAAAUUAUAAUGCACAAAUACUUGUAACUAUGCCAACAAUCUCAAAAACACAUUAGCAUAAAGUUUCUAUGAAUGGAAUUUAAUAUUUUUGGCCCAUAUGAAGUUUGGCAGUGGAGACAUUCAAUCAGGCAAAAUGGGAAGGCACAGGGAUGACUUUCCCACGCUACUGCCAAUUGAAUGCGUUAAUUGGCUCCAUCCUGUCACCAGUGGAAUUAAACAGCAGAUGAGAAGCUUGCCCCAUGAGGAACAUGACAAGCUAUCCCUUUCAGGGCUGCUUGUAGGCAAACAGGAAGGUAGCCUUGUUCAAAAACACUGUCUGACAGAGGGACCUGGCAUCAGCAAGAGGUGGUGAUGGCAGUGGGGUGAGGCAAGAUGGCAUUUUCUUGUUUUUGCUGAUAAAUCCGUCAUCUCCAAGACUUCCACCUCAUGAUUCCACUCAUCAUUACUGUGGCCUGGAGCAUUGACACUGGGUCUUGAGUGACUGUAGAACUGGCAGCAGCCACUAUACACCUGGUGACUCUGCUGUUCAACCCAAGCUGCUAGUGUGAUUAACUAACAGGUUUUGAUGGGUAGGACUUCUGCCUUCAGUUCCUUGAUCCAAAGGUCUGCUGUUGUCCGGUUAAAAGCUGAGUGGUACUUAAUUGAGCAGAUCUUCUCUGAAAGAGGUGGCAUAGACAGUGACCAAUACUCUUCAAGUGGUAAGUGAGAUAACAGUUGCUUCCAUUAAGUCCAACACAGUGUGACAAGGAGUGCAUGCCCUUUCAGGCAGGAGUACACUUUACUUCCCUAAGUCUGAAGAGUUCAGGUACAAAUUGACAAAGGUUGGAAAGUUGGAUUUGGAGACAUUUGUAAUUAUACAGAAUAGUAUUGGAGUUUAGCCUGUUAAACCAUGUGGCUUACUGGGGUCAAAUAAUUCUUUAAAUAGCUACUCUUGAGAUUUUCUGAGGCGUUAUUUCUUCCAUAGAAAGAUAAGAUAGCACACAUUUAAAAGAGUUCAUACAUGCAUUCUAUGUAUAUAUAUUUAUGUAAGAGUGAAUCUUUUAACUUGGGCAUCAAUAAAUAAGAUAUGUUUUGUUAAUUCACUGUUAAGACAAAUAA